ACAACACCAUAUCGGUAAACUAACUAACGUGCCCGCCGCUUGUCGAAGAUUCAAAUUUUCAAGCUUCUUAAGAGUAAUUAUCAUUUAAUUAAAUUACUUGUGACUCUAUAAAUCCCAUGAUUUGAAAUUUGUAAUGAUUUAGUUCAACUUCCAGUGUUCUGCUCGACGCUUUUGUGUCAGGGACUUGGCCCAAUCAUUCAAUCUUGAACUGUGAAGCGCCAGGAUUUGUCUCUCGGAUUUAUGGCCUUGCAUGCACACCAACUUCCCCGGGGAAAGCGGCGGGGCGAUUUUCAGGAGCCCGCUGACAACGGUGCUGCUUUGGGACUUGGAUACGACAUCGGCAGCUGCACUUCAAGUGGAAAAGACACUCCCAUAAUCAUUACUGAAGCUAAACGACGAUGCUUCGAACCUACACCUUUUGCUGAAUGGAGCAGCAUACCAGACAAUAUUCCUAAUGGAUUUCAUCAUCAUCCUCUACCUCAGGGACAGAUAGGUCUUUCUGAAACCCACAUGGACCUAGCAUCCAGUGAACAGUCACAUGCUGCAAUCGCAUUGAACGGAUAUACCAACGGCUUUCAACACAAUCAACAAGAUGGCAACUUCCACCAUCAGGACAGAGGGCAGCAUAUAGAUAUAAACGGAGGUGGCGACCCCGCUACACCCGUGAUGUGCAAUGGUUACUAUGGUUACAUAGCAAAUUACAAGCAUGAAAAUGGCGAUGUUGACGAGGAUUGUAUGGAUACAGGGCUUACUAUGCAGGCAGAGUUUGCUAUUAAUGGACCUUCUUCAUGUAUGGAUACCAAGGAGAGGAGGGUGUGUUUAAGAUGCGAGGCAGGAGAACCAGGCCAUAUUACCCACAUAAUGCAGCUACAAGUAUGACGACUCCAUCCUCCUAUAUCGUACGUGGCAGAUGAUAGUUCGGUUUCUUUUCACAGCAUCAGGAACAUUAGGAAAAACUGAGAUAUCAUUUCCAAUGGUGAGAAAUAUUGCACUUUAAUGCCAAUCUUCCGAGCAGACCUGGCCAUCAAGAUGGGUUCGAUAAUUCUAGCCCUUGGAUCUGCUAUGCUUCGAGGGUGGACUGGUGCUCCUAUCCGUCAAUAAAUAUCGUCUCACAGGUACCUGCUUGAUUGCCCAGGGCGCGGAAUGUAGCAAUUUCUAAUGGAUGCUUGUGCUUUCUGCAUACUAAUGGUGACUACAUGUAGACCAUGUUAGCUCUAAAAAAAGUAACAAAACCAAAGAAAUUUGUUCAAUUUUGACAUUUGUCAAAAAUAUGUAGUGAUGAUUUCUAAUUAGGUAUUUAAAUUAAUACAUGUAUAUCGAAGCUGUGUGAAAGUAACAAGAUCGUAUUUCCAUCCCAAACAACAAUGAAUGGUUCCUUAUUGAAGUAAUCUGCAAGUCAAGUGCCCCAUUGAUCUGUCAUGCUCCAUUUACUCCUGGAAAAUUCUGUCAGGAAUACGCCUUUAAUAGCUCUAUUGCGAUGGCACUCUCGCUGGCUUACUCAUCUCAAAAUGCCAUUUUUCUUCUCAGCCAGGAAGUAUGAAAUACUGAGGGUGCUGUGAAUAAGUACAUGUACUUGGUUACCGGUAUGUAAAAAAAGAGUCCUGUGACAAAUGUCACCAGUGAAGACAAAGUCUUGGGGAGAAUUAAGGAAACAAUAGUGAGUUUCACUGACAACUUUGCUCGUGGCCAGUCAAGUUGCAAAAAGAUUUCAGUAGCUUAUAACAAAUAUGUGUGGCGCCUCCAGUUAUUCACAAUCUUCAAUGUGACAGGCCAUUGUCUGUGAGUGUUUGUUAUGGAAAUAAAUGCCGGGAAAUACUACAAAAUCUACUUCUUGAAUAUUUUCAGGUAUUGCCCUUGUGUUUCUCAAUCAAGCAUAUUCUACCAUUUCCCUGGACCUCCCUGUACAUCUUAAGUACUUCCUGGCAUUGACAAGUUUUCCUAGCAUUUCCCGCUAAUACUUCCUUGGAAAUUGGCAACCCUGAUUUUCAGACCAGAACAUGCAGAGCAUGCAUUUUGUACAUCUUCGAUAAAAUAAACUUGUGCCAAAUCAAACAUAUUUCUGUGGUCUGGGGGAGAUUUGAAUUUAGAAUCAAAUUUUUGUGCUACAACAUUGAUAAUUGUUGUUGCCGAUCUUGAUGUUGUUGCUGCUGUUGUUGGUCCUUAUCUUUGUGCUGGUGAUGCCAAGGUUGUUGGGGUUGUUGCUGCUGGUGGUUAUCUUCAUCUUGUUGUGAUUGAAUCAAUAUCAACUGCAAAUUAAAUUGAAAAUAUUCUGGCACACUCUGUACAUGUAUGUUUGUGCUUUGAUAAUGGAUAUAGCUUGUAAUCGUUUGAAGCUAACAAAAGAAGACCAUUCUCAAGUCUUCCAUUUUUAACUGACUCCUACCUUUCUCCCAAAUGGUAAGCAUUACCCGAAUGCUUUUUUUUUGGCCCAAUCUUUUCGAUAUGAAAGAUAAAUACAUUUUCUUGCCCAAUCAAUCAAUUAUACAUUCCAAAUACGUCCUAAAGUCUGUUAUUAUGUGGCCAUGAAGAAUUCACCAACAUAAAGGUUAUUCUUAAAUUAAAAUAGUUAUUUUUGUUCACCAUUACUAAUAUACCAUAAAUACUUUUUUAAUAUUUCAUAUUCUUAGUCUUUGCCCAGGUUUUUCAUUUGCUGAUAAUGGAUAUACAGAUCCAUAAUUCAUAGUGUAUUAUGAAAAAAAAGACAUCCAAUCUUUAACUGGGUGAACUAUUUGUAACUCUAAUCAGUGAUGGAUCUAUCAUCUAGCUUUUUUGCUAAGGGGGGGGGGUUUGACAAGUUGGUUUGACCCAAUAACGAUGAGGUGCGAAGUAAUGCAUCCUUCAUGUACCGCCCCACCCCCCCCCCCCCCCAACUACUGUUCCGCUUGAGCCACUCUCAUAUUCAGGGAAGGGUGUUACCACAGUGAUACCACACUCCUUUAAAAAAAUAUUUUAGGGAGCCUGAGGUGGGGGUCACAUACGCCACUGAUUAGGGUUACAAUCAGGUCUGGCACUGCUAAUUAGGCUCGACUGUUCUAUGAUAAAAAAUCAUCCAAAAUGUGUGCUCUACAUGUAUGUAUGUAUGGGACUGUGCCUGCAGUAAAGUAUUAUUCCUACCUAGUCUGCAAGCACAGACUCAAAUUUGACGUUUUAACCAAUUAUACCAUGUCUAGAGUGAAGACUAGAUUCUCAACUCCCAGUUUGUGCCAUAUAAUCGGGCGCAUCGUGGUCUAGUGGUUCUGACUCUCGCCUUUCAAACAGAGGGUCGUGGGUUCGAAUCCUAUCCAUGGCGUGUUUUCCUUCAGCUAGAAAUUUAUCCACACUGUGCUGCACCCAGGUGAGGUGAAUGGGUACCCGUGCAGGAUUAAUUCCUUGCAUGCACUGAGCGCCGGUGAUGGUAGCUCGAGCUAAAGCCGGGGUCAUAAUAGCAGCGCUUUGUAUACUCAGGCAAAAAACGCUUUAUAAAUACAGCUAUUAUUAUUAUUAUAUAAGUAGAGACAGUCACAGUACAUCGUGAAUCUAGUCUCACUACUUCAGACUCUGCAUUAUGCUAAUUGUGAAAACCAAAGUUCUGUGCCUGCAGACCAUGGUUUACAAGUGAAUGACGUUUAGUCCUCCAUCAUUCAUUGUUUUGAGACUCAAGAGGCAUAUGUACAUAUACUCUACGGUGUGAAUAGUUUAGUAUUGAAAUUGCCAAUUGGUCUACUCCUGCCUGUCUACAUUUCCAUUUGGUAUCCUCCCACAUGGUCUAAUCCUACCUCAUGUACAACCCGGGCCCCGUCUUACAAAGAGUUAAGAUUGAUCCUAUCAAUCGUAACUCUAUGGAAAUCCAUCAGUGUCAUAAUUUUUUUCUACGAAAAAUUUGCACAAUGUCCUUUGUAUGCAAAGAGAAGGGCAGUGAAUUAUCAGGAAAACAAUGAAUAUAUGAAUAUAUAUCAUAGCUGGAAAAUAUUUGAAAAAACAUGCAUAAUAGAUGUUGACGUUGCUGGCCGUCCAUAAUUACGAUUGAUCCGAUCAAUCGUAACUCUUUGUAAGACGGGGCCCAGUUCGACUACUUAGUCCGUUCGCCAUGAUUUAGCCUAUAAAUUUAUCUUUAAAAAAAAAAAAUUCAUUUGAAUUAGGCUACUGUAUGCUCAUUUUAUCUAAUGUCCACUUUGUCUUAACACCAUUGUUUAUUUGAUAUGGUUGGAUUAUUAUGUUUAUGAACUAAAUUUUAAUUUGACAAUAGUAGAAAUAAAGGAGACGAAUUGGAAUUUAAACCAACUAGGCAUUAGACUAAUGCAUUAGACCAAGUGCAGUGCAGACCAAUUGGCAAUAAGACCAAAUUAAGAGUAGACCAAAUGCCCCGUAUUCUGAAGUCAGGUUUAACUUAGACCAUGGUCUAACUCUGUGCUAAAAUUUUGGGAAGCCAUGUGUCAAAAUUUUUAUUAAGUUGUAUGUUUCUUAUGUUUACUUUGCUCUUUCCUGAUUCAUCGAUGGUGAAGACAAUCAUAUAUUUAUACUUCCUAGACAAUUAUGAAUGAUUUGAGAGCCAAAUGAGCUGAAAUAUGAUAUCUCUACCGUUAGUGAUUUAUGCAGCAAUUGGCUAUCCAUACUUAAACCACAACUUCAAACCCGAGUUUAAGUUAAACCCGACUUCAGAAUACGGGCCAAUGUGUUUAGCCCACAUGGUAUUAGACUAUCUGUGAAGUAAACCAACUGCUCGUAGACCAAGUGAAUAUCAACCUGUUUCAUCUAUGCAAUCUGAAAAAGUGCUAGAAAAUUGUGAUACCUGAAAAUGCUCAAAAUAUAUCAGGGAAAAAAAUAACAUGGCUUGGGGGCGAUUUGGCCCCCAAAAUGCUCAUAAGAGCCCUGGUAAUUGAAAAAGGGGCCCGGAAAAUCCCAAUUAAUUAAUUGCUUAUCCAAUGGGCGCCCAGCUAAAGCCGGGGUAAUAAUAAUAGCAGGGCCGACUGGGAGAAGUUUUCAGAACUGAAGUGGCUUCCCUGGGUAAAUAUACCUAUAUUAUUAUUAUUAUUAUGUUACAGAUUAGGCAGUAAAGUAAGCUGUGAAAAGUAGCCCCCGAAAUUUUUUUUUGUCUGGAACAGAUAUUUUUUUAGUGAGAAGAUCAGAACGCGACAGAUAAACUGUUGAUGAAAAAUGCAACAAUUACCAAUAAUGUAUUGAAUAGUGGUGCUUAAUAUUAGGCUUAAUCCAUACCCAGACACUCAUUGAUCAUAGUGUAGUUCAGGCGAUACUUGUAGUCUUGGAUAAGGUGAUUUUUCAGGCCCUAUAGUUAAUUUCAAACAUCUUCCCCCCCCCCCCCCCCCCCGUUUCAUAAAGCAUUGGCAUCAUACUGUAAAUGUUGACAAGUGUUUUCUGCAAAUGGAAUGAUUAGCCUACAUGUAAAAUUCAUGUAGUUUAUAGCUUAUUGAUUUUUUUAAAUUCAUGCAUGGACUGCCCCCCCCCAUUGUUUCUUUGCAUGCUUUUUUUUUUUUGGGGGGGGGAGGUUGAAAUAUCUCGUUCACACAUUUUGUGACCUUUCUCUUUUUACAUAAAUGUUACCAUGUUUUUGAAAAUGUGUACAAAAUUGAGAACAGUUUGCAUGUUUUGUAUUUUUAAAUAUUUUUACUUCUUGUAAAUAGUAUUAUUUGUACAUAGUGUUUACCUCGUUCGUUUCUUUCAUAGUUUACUUUCAAGUAGAUAGUGUGUGAAUUUCUGCAACAGGGAAAUUGAUCUGAUGAGAAGUUUUAAAGACAUUCCUAUAACUUGUGUCCCGUAUCACAAAGGUUAUACCUCGGUCACAUUUGCUCUACGGUGGCCGUACGGCGAGUCGAAAACAUCCGUUUUAUUCAUUUUUAUUCAAACUACCUAUGUAUAGCUGCUACAAAAAAUGUUAAAACGGCUGUUUUCGACUCGCCGUACGGCUGUCGUAGAGUAAAUGUGACUGAGAUAUUAGCGAUUAAUCCUACAAUUGAUUAUCAUGAGUAAUUACAUUGUAGUCAAUGCAAUCAAUUAUUAUAAAAUGUUCAAUGAUUGCAUGGCUUUGUGUUAGGGCCCAAGAUUGCAAUUAUGAAUCAUAAAGUUAAGUUGAUUUCAAAAUGAAGCAUGCUUUCAUUCAGAGUUUGAAAUAAAAUGAAUUGUUUUGUAA